AUGCCGCUGGUGAAGCCGCUCUGCCGCGUUUGCGAGCGUCCGACGGCGGACGGCGCUGUCCAGGCUGUCCAAUUGGACAAGGAAAAGCUGCAGACUUGGUUGUUGAACGUCUGCGGCCAUGAAUUUGCUGAGGAAAUCGGGGAUGAAGAUCUGAUUUGCUAUUUCUGCAUCUGGCACGCCGAGUUCCUGGCCCCAUAUGUUUCCGAGCACGAGGCUUUGGCUUGGUGGCCGCCUGAUCUGGCCUAUUUGGACGACAAGGCGAAGGAGCUGAGGAGGAAAUAUCUAGAAGGAAAAGCAGAGCAGUGCUGGGUGCAGCUGGAGAAGAUUAAGUUGCCGAAAAGCGUGAAAGACGAAAAUGGAGAGAACGAGGCAAAGACUGAUGGCGGAAGGAGCGGGAGGAAAUGUUUUUACUGUAGAAAAAUGGUCGCAGAUAUUGGAAGUCACAUGAGAUAUAUGCACGCGAAUGCCAUCAGGUGUGACUAUCGUAAAUGUGCCACAUAUUUCCACACUGUUGAGGAAAAGGAGAGCCACACCAAGGAAGUGCAUCAAAAGUCCAAAGCAGAGAAAUUGUUCAAGUGCAAUUUUUGCGAGAAAGAAUUUCGAAGGUCAAAUAACGUCAGACAGCAUAUUCGUCGAGUCCAUGCCGAGUUUCCUGUGAAAUGCAAUUUCUUUGGUUGCUUCUGUUAUUUCAAAUCCGAACCAGAAAUGAUGGCCCACUUUGAUUCUGUUCACAAGGAAGAAGACAAAGCAAAAGUCUUCAAUUGCCACCAUUGCGAGUUUAAAUCUAAAUCUAAGGGGGAUUUGUCACGUCAUGUUUCUCGUUUGCAUUUUCCAAUGAAGAUCGAGUGCGGCAAAUGCCACAAAAUCUUUUCCACCAAGCAGCAUCUGGCACAACAUGUAAGACAGAGUCAUGAGACUCGGGUGUGCUCAAUUUGCAAUUCAGAAGUUAUUGUUGGGAAUAUGGGUCGCCAUUUGAAUAGAAUGGACUGCACGCGAUGCAAGAAAGAAUUUGAGUGCUCAGGUUUGUAUCAAUUCCACUUGAAAAUUUGCAAACAAACUCUUCUGAAAUGUCAAAAUUGCCCAAAGACUUUUCAAACACCAUUUCAACUGAAAUACCACGAGAAAAUGAAACACAGAAAUUAUUCUUGGCUUGGUUUGAAGUACAAAAAUCUUGGGUUUAAGUGCGAGUCGUGCAAAAGGUACUACAAAAGUGAAAAACAACUGAAAAUCCACUUGAAUCACUUUCACAAGAGACUGAAUUUGAAGCACUGCGCGCAUUGUCCCAAAAGCUUCACUGAUUUUGUAAACUUGAAAAACCACUUGGCCAUGACGCACUUUUUAAUUGAACGCAAAUUUGAAUGUGACCAGUCCAGCCAACAGACCAAGGAACGACACAGCGGUGGUCUACACGCCAGAAGCUCUUCCGCCGUCUCCUGUGGCCCCAGCCCCUCCACCACUUUCUAA